CCGGCACAUAAGCCUUUACAUGCAGGCCGACGGUCCCGAAGCCCACGUCGAUACGCUCGUUGCCUCGAUGUUCCGACUCUACAAGUUCGACGCCAAGGGUGUCUGCCAUCAGAACUACCCGCUCACGCUCGAGAUGAUGCACAAACGGACGGCAGCGAACCCCGACGUCGUGGUGAUGACGAACGAUGGCCCAUUCAUGAUCACGAUUCAUUGCGAAGACAAGGCGCAGCAGUUCCGCGGCUCCAUCCUCUACCAGCUGCUUGCGCAGUGCGUCGCCGUCUUCACCUACAAUCAAGAAUAGUACAGGGAGAAGACGCACAAGGAGCUGGAGAAGGCUGUGAUCCCGUGUAUGACCUCGAAGGGCGCCACCAUGGAGUUUUACGAGGUCACGAUCACCAAGGAGCUCGCGGAGGCCGUCGCGGACGGGCGGCAGCCUGAGCACCGUACGACAUUCCGGCACUGCGAAAGCAUCUUGAUCGAACCCUCCGCGCUCAAGGGCAUGGCCAACUCCGGUUACCGUGCGCGGCUGUAUCGGCGUAUGGCUCUGCAACGCGCCAGGCUAGACGCGUUGCACGCUCAAUGGGUUUAGGAGGAGGUAAUAGAGGGGCGGCAGUGGGCGGUCGCAUGUAUUUCACGCUUUGGCUCGUCUGUCGCGCGUAGUGUAGUUGCUCCCAACCC